CCCUUUAUUAACUUUGUAGCAAUAGGAACCAAUCUAGAAAUAUUAAAAUGGCUGACCAACUGACAGAAGAACAAAUUGCAGAGUUUAAAGAAGCAUUUUCAUUAUUUGACAAAGAUGGCGAUGGCACUAUCACAACAAAAGAAUUAGGAACUGUCAUGAGAUCACUAGGACAAAAUCCUACAGAAGCUGAAUUGCAAGACAUGAUAAAUGAGGUGGAUGCAGAUGGUAAUGGGACUAUCGAUUUUCCAGAAUUCCUCACAAUGAUGGCAAGAAAAAUGAAAGACACAGAUAGCGAGGAAGAAAUUAGAGAGGCGUUCAGGGUUUUCGACAAAGAUGGAAAUGGCUUUAUAUCAGCUGCCGAACUUCGGCAUGUGAUGACCAACCUUGGGGAGAAGCUCACCGAUGAAGAAGUUGAUGAGAUGAUUCGGGAAGCUGACAUUGAUGGUGACGGUCAGGUCAAUUAUGAAGAAUUUGUCACAAUGAUGACAAGCAAGUGAUAGAGUAUGACUCAACAAACAUUGUAAUUUGAAUGAAAUAAUUAUAAUAUGCUGUUAAAUUGUUGUUUAUUGAUGUUGUAAGUUAAUUGUUCAUUGUAACAGCAUACAAUAUCCUUGCUGACCAAACUAAUCCCUCUAUGAAUGUUAUUGUUACACAUAUUCAUCAGGCACCCAUUCUCAAUUGCAUUUAAAUAGCAAAUGCUUUACAUAUUAAUCGCAUAAUUCAUAAUAACACAUAGCAUUGUAGGUUUCAAUAUUUUGUAAUUUAGUAGAAUAUAGUUAAAGUGAAAGUACUGUUACACUUUCAGGUGGUGCAGUUCUUGGAUCACAAUAAGAGAUAUAUUGGAAAAAUGAUUGAUCAUAUUAUUGAAAUACUAAAUUGAAAUCGCAAUUUUAUUGAUUACUUCUGGAUAUGUGUCCAAUUAGGUUUGAGUUUUAAAUUUACAAAUAAGUUGUCCAACAUGCUGUUACUGGUUCUGCCACUAUAAAUAUGUACAUUUACACAUGAUACAUACAUAAAAAUACCUGUCUUCUCAUGAAAUUUAUUGAGUUAUUUGAACUUCGAUUAUCAUACUCCA